AUGACGCGGCAGCAUCAUGAGGACUGUGGGUGCCGGGUAUUGGAAUGUGGGUGGCAUUUGUCCAAGCACGUCAAAGAUGCUUUCAAAGACAUUUCCAAAUACUUCUCCAAGGAAGAAUGGGCAGAGAUGGGAGACUUGGAGAAAAUCCGCCAUAGGAAUGUGAAAAGGAACCAUGAUGUGCUGAUUGACAGAGGUCUCAGAGCCCCUCGACCGGCUUUAAUGGGUCACCGACGACAGGCCAUCAAAUACCAGGUGGAUGAUGCUGAAGAUUCGGAUGAAGAAUGGACACCUAGGCAACAAGGCAAACACUCUUGGAUGGCCUUCAUAAAGGAACAGAGUAAACGCCAGAAGGGAAUGCCCAGGGCACCAUUAAGUCGUGAAUCUAGUCGGAAGGAAUUGUCAGGACCAGCGAGUUCACAUAACAUUAGAGGUUCAGAGGAGCACGGGAAAUGCGUGUCCCUUCCCAGAGAAGCGGGUACCUCUGGACAGCACUCUAGAUGGAAUUCAGAUCUUGGGAAAAAUGAGAUCGAAGUGAGAACAUACAACCUUCGAGAAAGAACAGGCCACUCGUACAAAGAGUUCAGUGAGCCUCAGGACGACGAAUACCUCUACUGUGAGAGUUGUCGAGACUUUUUCAUCGACCACUGUGCUGUUCAUGGGCCCCCUACAUUUGUAAAGGACACUGCAGUGGACGUGGGGCAUCCCAACCGUGCAGCCCUGACCCUGCCCCCGGGGCUGAGUAUUAGACAAUCGGGCAUCCCUCGGGCUGGGCUUGGAGUAUGGAACGAGGCAUCUGAGCUGCCACUGGGGCUGCACUUUGGGCCUUACGAGGGCCAGAUCAUAGCAGAUGAAGAGGAAGCCAGAAGUGGAUACGCCUGGCAGAUCACUAAGGGAAGAAACUGCUAUGAGUUUGUAGAUGGGAAGGAUCAAUCUCGGGGCAACUGGAUGAGAUUUGUUAACUGUGCCCGUGAUGAUGAAGAAUGUAACCUGGUGGCCUUCCAAUACCACAGGCAGAUUUUCUAUCGGACCUGCCAAGUCAUCAAGCCAGGCUGUGAACUGAUGGUUUGGUAUGGGAGGGAAUAUGGCAAGAAACUGGGCAUCACGUGGCCUCGCAAGCAGAAGAAAGAACUCAAAACAGGGCAAGGUGGGUACCACGAUGACUCCCUAGGAGGAAAAGGGAAGGAAUGCUUCUCCUUGGGAAUUCUCAUGGUUCAACUCUUGUUCUACUCUUUCCGGGAGCUACAAGUGGAGCUUGAAGAAGACACUCAGAAUCUCUGCUCCUGGGCAGCUGACAUGUGA